AUGUCUGCCGGGGUCCCCUGCGGACCCCCGGGGAGCCGGGCACGUAGGCUCGCACCCCUCUGGUGCUUCUCGGCGGUGCUGGGGAUGCUGUGGUCCCCUCCCUCGCUGGCGUUCAACUUGGACACGGACAAGCUCACGGUGUACAGCGGCCCGGAGGGCAGCUACUUUGGCUACGCGGUGGAUUUCCACGUACCUGACGCUGGCACAGCGAGUGUCUUGGUGGGGGCGCCCAAAGCCAACACCAGCCAACCGGACAUCGUGGAAGGGGGGGCCGUCUAUUACUGUCCCUGGCCGGCGGAGGGGUCCGCACAGUGCAAGCAGAUACCAUUUGACACCACCAACAACAGGAAGAUCAGAGUUAAUGGAACUAAGGAACCUAUAGAGUAUAAAUCAAACCAAUGGUUUGGAGCAACAGUAAAAGCUCACAAAGGAAAAGUCGUGGCUUGUGCUCCUCUGUAUCACUGGAGAACUCUAAAACCAACACCAGAAAAGGACCCAGUUGGCACUUGCUAUGUAGCAAUUCAAAAUUUCAGUGCAUAUGCUGAGUAUUCUCCUUGUAGGAACAGCAAUGCCGAUCCUGAAGGCCAGGGUUACUGCCAAGCAGGAUUUAGUCUGGAUUUUUACAAGAAUGGAGACCUUAUAGUAGGAGGACCUGGGAGUUUUUACUGGCAAGGUCAGGUGAUCACCACCAGUAUUGCAGACAUCAUUGCAAAUUAUUCAUUCAAAGAUAUUCUAAGGAAACUGGCUGGAGAAAAGCAGACAGAAGUGGCUCCAGCUUCCUACGAUGAUAGCUACCUUGGAUAUUCAGUUGCUGCUGGAGAAUUCACUGGAGACUCUCAGCAAGAAUUGGUUGCUGGAGUUCCAAGAGGAGCACAGAAUUUUGGAUAUGUCUCAAUCAUUAAUUCUUCAGAUAUGACUUUUAUUCAGAAUUUCACUGGUGAACAGAUGGCAUCUUAUUUUGGAUAUACUGUUGCAGUAUCAGAUAUUAACAAUGAUGGAAUGGAUGACAUAUUGAUUGGGGCACCUCUCUUUAUGGAACGUGAAUUUGAAAGUAACCCUAGGGAAGUAGGGCAAGUCUACCUGUAUUUGCAAGUGAGCUCCCUCCUCUUCCAAGACCCACAGGUCCUCACAGGCUCUGAGACUUUUGGAAGAUUUGGCACUGCCGUGGCGCACUUAGGGGACCUGAACCAAGAUGGAUACAAUGACAUCGCCAUUGGUGUGCCCUUUGCAGGCAAGGAUCAAAGAGGCAAAGUGCUCAUUUACAAUGGGGACCAGAAUGGCUUACACAGAAAACCUUCCCAAGUUCUGCAGGGAGUGUGGACCUCACAGACUGUCCCUUCUGGAUUUGGCUUUUCUUUAAGAGGAGAUGCAGAUGUAGACAAGAAUGAUUACCCAGAUUUACUUGUGGGAGCAUUUGGCAUGGGAAAAGUAGCUGUUUACAGAGCAAGACCGGUUGUGACUGUGGAUGCCCAACUUCUGCUUCACCCAAUGAUUAUCAAUCUUGAAAAUAAAACUUGCCAGAUUUCAGAAUCUGGGACACUUGUGGCUUGCUUUUCUUUGAGAGUGUGUGCAUCUGUAUCAGGCCAGAGCAUUUCAAACACAAUAGCCCUGAUAGCUGAGGUGCAAUUAGAUUCCCUGAAACAAAAAGGAGCCAUUAAACGAACCCUCUUCCUCCACAAUCAUGAGUCCCAUCUCAUCUUCCCUCUCGUGAUAAAGCAGCAGAAAUCCCUCCACUGCCAGAAUUUUACCAUUUACCUUCGAGAUGAAACUGAAUUCCGAGAUAAAUUAUCUCCAAUCAGCAUUAGUUUGAAUUACAGUUUGGAUGAAUCAACCUUUAAGGAAGGCCUGGAAGUGAAACCAAUAUUGAACCACUACAAAGACAAUGCUAUUACUGAACAGGCUCACAUCCUGGUAGACUGUGGAGAAGACAGUCUGUGUGUUCCUGACCUGAAGCUAUCAGCUAGACCAGAUAAGCAUCAGAUAAUCAUUGGAGAUGAGAAUCACCUUAUGCUUACAAUAAAUGCGAGAAAUGAAGGGGAAGGAGCCUAUGAAGCAGAACUCUUGGUCGUGAUACCAGAAGAGGCAGAUUACAUUGGGAUUGAACGCAGCAGCAGCAAGGGAUUGCGACCAUUGAGCUGUGAGUACAAGAUGGAAAAUGUGACGAGAAUGGUGGUGUGUGACCUCGGGAACCCUAUGGUGGCUGGAACGAAUUAUUCUCUGGGCCUCCGAUUUGCAGUUCCACGUCUGGAGGAAACAAACAUGAGCAUCAACUUUGAGCUCCAGAUCAGAAGUUCCAACAAGGACAAUCCAAACAGCAAUGUUGUGAGUUUGAAAAUCAACAUCACUGCCGUAGCUCAAGUAGAAAUAAGAGGAGUAUCCCACCCUCCCCAGAUCGUUCUGCCCAUUCAUAACUGGCAAGCAGAAGAAGAACCUCGCAAAGAAGAGGAAGUUGGACCCUUGGUGGGGCAUAUUUAUGAGCUUCACAAUAUCGGACCAAGCGCCAUCAAUGACACCAUCCUGGAAGUGGGCUGGCCAUUCUCUGCACGGAAUGAGUUUCUACUCUAUAUUUUUCAUAUUCAAACUCUGGGACCUCUGCGGUGUCAAACAAAUCCUGAUAUCAACCCACAGGAUAUAAAGCCUGCUGCCUCUCUGGAAGACACUCCAGAGCUCAGUGCCUUUUUGCGAAACUCCACCAUUCCUCAUCUCAUUCGGAAGCGGGAUGCACCUGUGGUCCAACUCCACAGACAGAGCCCUGCAAAGAUAUUGAAUUGCACAAAUAUCGAGUGUUUACAAAUCUCUUGUACAGUGGGACGACUAGGAGGAGGAGAAAGUGCAGUUUUGAAAAUCAGAUCUCGACUCUGGGCCCACACAUUCCUCCAGAGGAAAAAUGAUCCCUAUGCUCUUGCAUCCCUGGUGUCCUUUGAAGUUAAAAAGAUGCCUUAUAAGGAUCAGCCAGCAAAACUCCCAGAAGGAAGCAUAGCUAUUAAGACGUCAGUUAUUUGGGCUACUCCAAAUGUUUCCUUCUCGAUUCCAUUAUGGGUCAUAAUCCUAGCCAUACUGCUUGGAUUAUUGGUUCUGGCCAUCUUAACCUUGGCUUUGUGGAAGUGUGGAUUCUUUGACAGAGCAAGACCUCCCCAGGAUGAAAUGGCUGACAAGGAGCAGCUGACCAGUGACAAGACCCCUGAGGCAUGACAGGAAAAAAAUAAAGAGCAAAAAUUUAAACACUGGUGCUGUUCAAAGAAAAGAAAGAACAUAAGAGCUAAAUCAUAAAGGCUUUCCUGUACCUGCCAGUGACCUAGGGAAUGGAAUGAUCACCUCAUCUACUCCAUCUUUUGAGGAUGUUGCCAUGAAGUCUGGAGAACUCUGGUAGAAGGAGACCCCAACACUGUGGAAAC